AGCAAUAAUAAUAAUAAUAAUAAUAAACCCGACUAUGGUUGAGAUUUUCUAAAGUUAGAUCAAGCUGAUUAACUGCAACUAAGGAUUAAUACAGCGCUGUUUAGAUCUUCCAGUUCCCCCGAUAACAUGGGCGGAGUGUGCAUGUGCUGCUCAUGGACUUGCAGACCAGUGUGGCCAGUUUUUCUCAUUCUGGCUUCGAUCCCUUGCAUGUUGCACUGCUCAGAGGGUCCUGCAGCAGCUGCUGGCAAAAUGUAUCCACGCGGCAACCACUGGGCAGUAGGUCAUUUGAUGGGUAAGAAGAGCAUCGAGAACUUGCCUGAACUGCAGGGGAGGAGGAGUGACUACCUCACACCCUCAGAAACAGCUGGGGCCACGAAGCUGGACCAGUACGAGCGUCUGAUGGAGGCUCCGAUGCAGCAAACGAACCAGAAACAGAUGAUGCCACAAACUGCAGACAGCCUGCUCAGCCUGCGCAGCGGCUGGAGAGAAGAGGACAGAGACAAAUAUCUCAGAGAGAUGUCAGACCUGCUUCUUCUGGCUUUGAAACUGCAAGAACACGACUCCACCUGAACGAAAGACGAAUUCUGUUUCUUAAUCUACCAAACAUGUGCCCUGUAAUCACACAUUCAC